CAACGGAAGCGUGAUCCUGAACUGACAUAAAGAAACCGAAGUUGUCAACUCAGCAUCUGAAAUCUGAAGACCAUGGGCGUCAAAGUUUCAUUUGUCCUUGCACUGGUCCUGUGCUUCUGCGCAUUUGGCUAUUCAACUCCCGUAGUGAAGAAAUGUGAGAAGAUGGACAAUGGUGCCCUGGUGGAGGAGGACUGUGAGGAUGGGACAGGUGUGUCGUCAGUAGCUGGGGAGGCCGACAACGUCUUCGUCGGUGUUGACGUAAAGGGCCGCCGUGUGUUUAAGGUGGCGGGUAACGAAACCUGCUUCAUUGUCUCAGAUCCAGCCCCGCUGCCAGCCGAUGUGACAGAGGCCACAAUGGACCAAACAAAGACUCCGGUACUGGUGACUGACCAAGCUGUGUUGGACAGUGUGAGAGAAUGGUGCACAGGCGACGUCUAUGUCCUCGUGGCUGACGACACUGCUGUCACUGGAGACAGACACAAGCGAGCCAUCUGCUACAGAGUAGUGUGCAGAUACUACAUCUACUACGGGCGUCUGUAUCGUCACUGCGUAUUGUUUCUGUUAGCUGUUAGAUCACACAGGCGCAACACGUACCCUGAAAAACAGCAGCAUGUAAAAUGUAUAUACUAUCACAUGUAAAAUCCUCACAGGUGUUCGCUCUUAUGGUUCCAGGGUGUCUGAAUUUGUCCCGUUAUGACUAUUCUUUAUUUUUUUUUUAAUUAAGUCUUUAAAUUAACACUGACAUCUCUGUAAAUUUCUUGUCUAUUGUGGAAUAAAGUUGUUGCUUU